AAAAAAAAAAAAAAAAAAACUCUUUUCUGCGUUUAAAAUAGUCACAAGCGUGUUUGCUGUCAAAAAAAAAAAUACUUUUCUUUCUUAAUGAACACACAAGAUCAAACCAUGGAAGAACCUGAGUGGGUUCGUUUAGAAGAUCUCGAUGAAGAAGAUAUCGAUGAUGAAUAUGGCGAUAUGGUGAUCGAACAAAGAUUACUUGUAAACAAUGAGGAUGCACUUGAACGCAUCACAGACGAUAUCAAGCUCGAUCUACCUUGGAUGGAAUCCUUGACAGUUACUUCAACAAAACCUAUUCAAGUAGCCGAUGUCUUUGAUGAUCUUUUGCGUGAAGAAGCAUUUUAUCAACAAGCAUUGGAAGCAGCCUAUCUAGGCCGAGAACGUACACUGAAAGAAGGAGCUGCUUUCUUUAAACCAGAUAAUUUCAUUGCACCUAUGCUUAAGGAUGAUAAACAAAUGGAAAUGGUACGUCAGAGACUAUUGGAAGAAGCAAAAGACGGGGACGAAGAAGCAUUGCGUCGAUUACAUAUUUUUAACAAAGAACAAAAGAAACAAAAGACAAACGAAAGAGCAAAAUUACUUUUGCGAAAGAAAAAGGAUGGUGCUGAAAUUAAACUGGAUGAUGAAUUCAACAUUGAUCUAGAAGAAGCAGAACGAUUAGCAGCUGCCACUAAUCCAAACAAAGAAGAUAGGCCUGCCAAGAACUAUACAAGAGAUACAAAAGUAAGUCACUAGGACCAAUCUCAACUUAUAAACGUUGUUUAGGAUGCCAAAUAUGCCUUGGGCAAAAGAAAAAGAGUUCAGGGAUCUACACCUAAUCCUGCUAAAAAGGGUAUGUCUCUAUCUAAAAAGAGUAGCCUUAAACGACCUGGUAAAGCCAAGCGUAUGAAAUCAAGAUCU